UAUAUAAAAACGUUCUGUGUUCGCUCGGUUAAACUCAAUAAAUAAACUCCGAAGUUAUCGGAGGGAGAGACCUCAGAUAGCAUUCUAAAAUAGCUUGGUUGUGGGUUAGUUCACGAAUAUAGGAUUUUAUUCACUAUAUUCCUGACUUACCCACCUCGGGUAGAGUAAACGGGUGGAUAAAAGCGCUUCAUGAAUACGAGCCCUGGACGUCACGUGUAGUCCCCUGUUUGUCUUCCUCUCUAGCUUUGACAAGGUCUGCCGCACAGAGCCUACCCGCAAACCAGAUCAUUACCCGACGUGGCUUUAUCGAUAAUUUAGAACCAGUACUACGGGUGGACGGGUGGGUGUGGAGGGCAAGUCCACAGCUUUGCCGGUCGCCAGACAAGCACCGGGUAGACAGAUCCAUAGUCAGCUCUACCUACUAAGCUCUGGCUAGGUUCUUACAAAACCUCACUCGAGCGUCGGGGUCAGGCCUCAGUUCAAUAAAUUCACACUCUCCGUGUAAACACCCCGUCCACCCGUAAGUAGUUCGAUCAUAUAAUCGUUUUUCAAGUCAGACUCGUGGACGCAAGCGAGCGACAUGCUGUGUGGUGGUGGAGAGCAGACCUGAAUGAUUGGAGUACGAUCACGAAAACACGGUCACUGUCGGGUGGAAGGAAGCUUCUCGUUCUCACCCCGGGAUAGCUGUCUGUGAAAACAUGGCUUGAGCUGGCGUCUGUCACAACUUUCAUUGUGUUUAACCAUGGCAGCAUGGCCAGCCGUGUGUCUAUUCCUCUCUGGAAGUUUUUCGAGACAGUCUCCUUGGUUUUCUUCUUCAGACUGAUUACGGUGGUUGACUCCGCUUGUUCCUCCGAUGAUGGGGACGAUGACAGAAAGACUAACCGGCAACAAAGUAUGACCUGCUGGUACGAGUUGUGGUACUUUUGGCUAAUCGUUCUGUUUGCUGCCAUUUCACUCUUCAUUGUUAUUUUGUUCUACUGCAAGCACCACGUGAAGCGAGCCACAGGUGACAGCGAUCGUCAGAGAACUCUCGUAUUGACGAUGCCGGCUGGGCCGCCUCGCUACGAGGAGCCUGGACACCAUCCCCCACCCUACCACAUUGCCACCUCCAUGGGGAAUCCCCAGUCCCCUCUACAACAGGCUCAUCUACCCGGUUACGUCGACGAGUUGCUGUAUUACGAUGGCGUGGACUCCUUUUCGUCUACCGUCUCCAUAGGUGCUUUGUCUCAACCUCCACCAUAUUCUCCCCCUCCCACCGCCAGUCUGCGGCCACUAAACAGUUGACAUCUGCUCCUAACUGCAGCUGCCUACUGGAAUUGUUGACCACAACGACAAAAGGAAGUGAAUGAAAGGGUUACAACCCUCCCCCGAUAUCUUCUGUGACUUAAAUGACAAUAAAAAAUAUUAAAGGCGGCUAAAAAUUUGGUAAAGGUACUGUUUGGGAACACAUCUGGAUAACUUUUCAUUACCGAUAAGAAGAGGAGGUACUCUUACUGCAGAACAGUUUUUUUUUAAAUGCCUGACAGUAUUUUGUUUUACACAAAGUCUUCAAGUACUUGGUGUUCUGCAUUUUGCUAUAUGAAUGACUACUAACACUAAUAAGAACUAAAUAUCCCCAUGUGAAUAUGAUUACAUAAUCAAAAUUCUGUGUGUGUGGGCAUCUGUGUAUAUUUUCACAUUCAUGUGUAUAUGCACAGAAAUUCAGCAGUCAACUAGAAAGACAACUUGAUGUGAAUGUAAAACAUCCACUGCUCCAGUGAGUUUUCAUGCUUCUAAGCAGGAAUGGUCAAAACGACAGCAAACAUUUGAGGAAUGCCAAAUAAAGAUCUCAUCAGCCAUGGGUUUUAACCACCUUUUUGACAAGUAAUAGUUUUUGCUUUCUGAUGAUGUGUUUAUAUGCCUUACAAAUAAGGCAUGGAUAUAUAUCUAUGCAGCAAGAAACUUUAAAAAGUUGUUUUCAAUACUGCGUAAAACUUCUUUCUCUGCUGACACACUUGUUAAAUGGGUACCUGACCACUUGAGGGUUGGGUAAGGAAAGUGAGAGUGAGGAGAUAAGCAUCCAUCACAAAAGAGCGAGACUGAACAUGAACCUCUAGCACAUUUCCCAGUGACUGAAAGGGAAGACAGAAACCAUAUUUUUAAGUAAAAGGUUGUAUAAUGCUUAAAGUAUAUUAUUUAAACUAAUUUGAGGUGGAUUAUUUUGUUUGGAUGACAUUUUUUAUAUAAAAACGAUUCCUUGCUUUUGAGGAAUGCAACUCAGAAUAAAGGUGAUUCUUUGUUGCCAGUUGGGAUGCUUUGGCAAUGAUACAUCAAAUUAUUUACACUGAGGCACAGUAUUUUGUAAAUAUUGCGUCCUGUUGUGUCUAACUGGUGGUUAGGCCAACUUUUAUUCUGUGAUAAUGUGUGCUUCCAUUACAGAAGCUUCUAAUUUUAAAAAGUAUCAUUAACUACUCAUGAUUAACAGAUUGUUGCUUGAUGAUAUGACACAUUUUAAUAAAGAUAUCAAGCAAGCAUUUUUGCCUUUCUGCACAUUUUUAAAUUCUUUCCUUUGUGAUUUCAAGUGGUUCAUUGUAUCACUUGGUUUCAUGAAAUCUUCAGUGAGACUAAAAUGCCAUUGUAUUCUUAAAUGCUUUUGCAUCCUUGCUGAAUUCACAUGAAUUUUUUUGCAGAUGAAAAAAGUAGUGGUUAUCACAGCUUUUGCACAUUCUUAAUUGCUGAACAUCCUAUGCAAUGACCAACCUUUUCAUUAUGCUUCACGUGUAUCACUCCCCUGGAAUGCAUCAAAUAUCUACAUAUUCAUAAUUCAUGCCCUCUUCUGGAAACUCCACAUCUAAUUGAUGUAAAAAGCCAGAAAUAAGCUACCGUUAUCAAGAACACCAUGUAAUGGUGGGUGAAGAUAAGCGCACAACUCACAAUAAAAGAUAUUUCAUUACACUAAAUUAAACAUGACAAAUCAGCACCACUUUCAUUUUCAGCCUCUGUGAUACUUUGUUUUCUAUUUGUUUGCAGAACUGCAGGCAAUUAUAUGCAAGAUGUAUGCCUCAGUAACAUAUCAUGUUCAUAGAACAGUUAGUUUGAAAAUGGUUUGUCCAAGCUAUGACUGGGAUUUUUUUUCUUUAUAUUACUCUUAUUAAACUCUGAAAGCUAGUCAACCUUGUAUUUGCCUGUGUGACAGUAACCAGGAGAAUAUGAAGUGUAUAUAUAUAUAUAAAUUGUUGUAAAGAGUAAUUUUAAUUUUUGCCAGCAACCAUGAAGUAUUACUGUAAAUAUUGCCAAAUUCUGCAUGCUUUUUUCUCA